CCCUUUUGAAGUUCUAAUGGGGGUUCAAGCGUCCUCCGGUUAACGAGUUUCGUUAUGUUUUGCUUUGCUUUAACUAACUUGCAUUGAAAAUUGCCGUGUCUAAAAUUACAUUUUUAUUAAAGCUUUUAGUAUUUAUUUGUAAUUGGAAUUAAAUUUAUUUAUUAGGAAAGUACCUGUUUCCGUAAAAUAUGAAUACGCGAAUGAUAAUACAUUUAGAGAUUUUAGUAUAAAAUUUCAAUUCAGUCGGUAGAUUUUUAAUAGAAUAGAUUGUAAAUGCGAUUCUUCCCAAAGUUUCGUGUCAAAAAUAUUUAACACUUAUUAUUUUUUCCUUAUUAUAUUGUUUCCUAAACUGAAUAUAGCUAUUUAAAAUAAUGUUAGGAUAUAAGGCUAAUCAGUCUGUGAAGCCUUCAUAUGAUCACUAUCAUGAUACAGAUGUUGACAACACUGGUGAUCAGCUCGUGGAUUUCAGUAAAAGAUAUCCUGAAAAUGAUCCUGAAGAAAUCUGUCGUCCAUCGUCGGUGAAAAAUCCUCAACUUUCUCUAACAUCAAUGAAUUCUGAAGAGAACAAACAGCCAGAUGAUGAGGUAAAAGUUUACUGCAUUGAAGGUACGCCUAUAAUGGCAUCUUCUGCAUCAUCAUAUUGUGAUCUCAGAGAAGUUGGCAUUAUUGAACAAAGCACAGAAGCUGUGAUAUCAGAAGAACGAACAGCUAAAGAGCAUUGUUUUUCUUCACCAUAUAAUUUUUCCAUUGAUACUCCAGAGAGUACAAAAAACUGCAUCAAUUCCAAUUUGGUUGUUGAUGAAAUUCAUACAUUUGAUCAAGCAAAAAAACAAGAAUCAAAUAAAGAAGAAGAAUGUGUAAAUCAAGAAACAGAAGCAGCAAUUACAAAAUCGUCAUCACCUCUGAUGUUUUCAAGAUCCAGUUCUGUUGGUUCAUUGAAUAGUUUUGAGCAACACUCAAUUGUUGAUGAUAGAAGCUCUGUUAGUGCAUUUAGCAAUUUAGCCAGUGGUAUGAUCUCACCAAGUGAAAUUCCUGAUUCUCCCUUUGAGGUUGCAUCGCCUUUCAUAUCAAAGAGCAAGAACAAUGAAUUCCUCUUUCCUAGCAAUGAAAAGCCUAUGGAUCCUGUUUUAGUUGAUCAAACUAUUCCUAAUGGAGAUUUCCCUGAUGAAGCUUUUGGAGAUUGUUCAGAAGAUGAUGUCAAAAUUUACGAUGAUGAAGGAGAUUGCCUUUCAGUUUCAAAUCUCAGUGCUUUAAGUAUUCAGGCCAAUUCUACUCAUGUAUCCAUUUCUGUUAUUCAAAAUAAAAAUACACUUGUUAAUUUAACUCAGAAAUCAUCUGUAACUGUAAACUGCUCUGUUAUUGAUGGAGAAGCUGAUUUUAUAGAAAAAUGUCAAAAUUUAAAGAUUAUCGAUGAGCCAUAUGAUCUGGAACAAAAUUGCAUUAAUACAAUAUCUAGUCUCCCUUCAGAUGUCAAUGAUAAUCAAAGUGAAAAGACCAAAACUGUUAUUGAAAUCAAAUAUGAGGAUAAAGGAACUUCAACUUCAGAAGAUUUUCAUUUUCAUGGUGACAUUUAUGAACAUUCACCUCCAUUCAAGGAUAUCAAAGCAUCUACUCCAUUGAAGAAUGUGACGAAAGAUGUCAAAAAUCUCAUCUCCCUGAAGACUUAUAGGCCACAAUAUGAAUUGCAGGAAUCUUUGGAUUAUUCAAAAGAUUACAGUGAUGAUGAAUCUGAAGCUCUUCUUCAAGAAUGUAUUUUAAGUGGAAUGCCUAGCAAAGAUAAUGUUGUGGUGAAUGCUUCCAAACAGUCAUUAAAUAAUUCUUUCCAAACAAGUGAAUCUUCAUUAAAGGAAUCUUUUGAUGUGCCAAACUGUUCAUUUUCUGACAACGAUGUUUGUGAUGAAGAUGAUAACAGUGAUGAUGAUGAGGAAAUUUUAAAAAAAUGUGUUUUAUUAGGAAUGCCCCAAAAGUCUAAUAAUAUGCAAAUUCAAACAGAAAAAAGUUCAGCACCUGAGCCAAUGUCUAACAGUCAAAAUCAUCAGUUGAAAUUAUUUGAUGAUAUGUAUCAGUCCACAGUGCUUCCCCAAGAAGAGAAAAUAAACCAGGAAUCAGGUGAAAAGAAUUUGAACUUAGUUGUAAAAGAAUCUAUUUCUAAUCAAAAGAGCUUUGCAAAAGAAGAAGAGUUUUCAACUUAUAACCUGAUUUCCCAAUCUAAAGAUCAGCUGGAUGAUAUCAAAAAAGAUCUUGCUAAAUCAGAUGAUGACUCAGAUAAUGAUGAAAGUGAUCUUCUUGUUCAAGAACUUAUACAAUUAGGUAUGCCAAAAAGUGAAUUAAGUCCAAAAGAAACGAAACUGCCUGUAAUUUUUCCACCCAAUAAAAACUUGGGGUGCCGAGAUAAUUGCCCUGAUGGUGUAUCAGAUGGCGAAGAUGAGGAUGAUGAUAUGCUUAAUGAAAUUAUCAAUGCUGGCAAGCCGAAUUCCAGUUCUGAGACAAAUAAAUCAUCCUAUCCAGAAUCUAAACCCUGUUUGAAAUCUCAAAAUCAGAAGAAAUUAACAGCUGCUGAAGAUAGGGCAUUGUACCUGAACAAAUAUUAUUAUGGAAAUAUCAUAUCAAAGGACAUUGUUCGAACAGCAUCUGCAAAUGCCUUUAUUGGCAUUGAUGAUUCCACAUACGUUUAUAGGACAGAGGAUACUCCAAUCUUAUCCCCAUCUGCAUCUCUCAGUGAUCUAAGUACUCUGUCUUUUACAGAAGAUAAGGUUUGUCAAGAGAGCUUUUUAAACAAUUCACGGAAUUCAGAAGACUGUAGUUCAGAAUCAGAAGAUGAUGAGCUUUUACGUCAGUGUAUUCGCCAAGGGAUGCCAGGAGCUAGAAGAGUUGCUGCUUAAUUAAUGCAAAUGAUACUUUUUUCUGUGAUACUUUUUACUUAGAAAAAAAUAAAAACUUUACUGGGAAAUUAAAAACUUAAAAAAAAAUAAUCAAUUAGUAUGUAUUUGCAUUCAGUUUUUGCUGAAGCCAUUUCUAUUGCUAUAAAUAAAGAAAUUAAUUCAUUUUAUAA